AUGGUUCUACAAAAGCAUCACAGUGCCCAUUUGAUUUGGGUCGUGCUGGUCAUUUGUGGCUACAUAGAAAUUGGCACUUGUCUGGAGUUUACAGGUGCACAGGGACAGUGGGCUCGAUUCCCAGUUUGGAAUGCGUGCUGUGAAAGUGAAAUGAGUUUCAACAUGAAAACAAAGAGCUCCCACGGGCUGCUGGUUUACUUUGACGACGAGGGAUUUUGCGACUUUUUGGAGCUUCUCUUAUUAAACGGGAAACUCUGCCUUCGUUUCUCCAUCUUCUGUGCUGAGCCUGCCUCCGUGAUAUCCGACACAGCGGUCAAUGACAGCCAGUGGCACGCCGUCACCAUAAGGAGAAACUUUAAGAACACGACCCUGAUGGUGGACAAUGAGAUCAAAUGGGUGGAGGUGAAGUCCAAGAGACGGGAUAUGACCGUUUUCAGCCAUUUGUUUGUCGGUGGGAUCCCGCCAGAGUUGCGAUCAGUGGUGUUGCGACUUACGUCCGCUGCCAUCAGGGAUCAGCCACCUUUUGCUGGUUGGAUAACGGACAUAAAGCUAAACAACACAGAUUCUGUCAUGGUGGACAGUGAAGGGGUCAUAAAGAACCAGUGCGGUGCGACUAAGGUGUGCUUGAACGGCGGCGUGUGCAGUUUAAUCAACAACAAACCUACCUGUGACUGUUCUCAGACUGGAUUCCAAGGAACAGACUGCAGUGAAGGUAAGACUCACGUUGAAGGUCUGGCACACCUGAUGAUGGGCGACCAAGGGCGGAGAGGGGAAACUUGGCUUCUAAGGUCUCUACUCAGCAUUCAAGGGAAAGAAGAGUAUGUUGCAACCUUCAAAGGAUCGGAGUUCUUCUGUUACGACUUGUCCUUGAACCCGAUUCAAAGCAGCAGCGAUGAAAUCACAUUGUCAUUCAAAACCCUCCAGAGGAACGGACUGAUGCUGCACACGGGCAAAUCAGCCGACUACGUCAACCUGGCACUGAAAAACGGGGCCGUAUCACUCGUCAUUAAUUUGGGGUCUGGAGCCUUUGAAGCUCUGGUGGAGCCAGUCAAUGGGAAAUUUAAUGACAAUGACUGGCAUGAUGUCAAAGUAACAAGGAAUCUACGUCAGCACUCAGGCAUUGGACACGCUAUGGUAAACAAACUACAUUGUUCGGUAACAAUAUCCGUGGAUGGAAUUCUGACAACUACGGGAUAUACACAAGAGGACUACACCAUGCUUGGCUCGGAUGACUUUUUCUACGUCGGAGGGAGUCCAAGCACAGCGGACCUGCCUGGAUCGCCAGUUAGCAACAACUUCAUGGGCUGCCUCAAGGAGGUUGUGUACAAAAACAAUGAUGUAAGACUUGAGCUAUCCAGGUUAGCCAAGCAGGGAGACCCCAAGAUGAAAAUACAUGGUACUGUGGCCUUCAAGUGUGAAAAUGUGGCCACUUUGGACCCGAUCACCUUUGAGACACCUGAGUCUUUCAUUGUCCUCAACAAGUGGAAUGCAAAAAAGACAGGCUCCAUAUCAUUUGACUUCCGUACCACAGAACCAAAUGGACUCCUUCUCUUCAGCCAUGGCAAGCCAAAGCAGCAACAGAAGGAUUCCAAAAGUCCCCAGAUCCUCAAAGUGGAUUUCUUUGCCAUUGAGAUGCUGGAUGGCCACUUGUAUCUCCUGCUGGACAUGGGAUCAGGGACUACGAAGACCAAGGCUGUCAACAAGAAGGUCAAUGAUGGCGAGUGGUACCACGUGGACUUUCAGCGAGACGGAAGAUCUGGUACCAUCUCUAUCAACACCCUCCGAACUGCCUACACAGCCCCUGGAGAAAGUGAAAUUCUCGACUUGGAUGAUAAUCUCUACCUCGGGGGCCUGCCAGAGAACAAAAUGGGUUUGGUGUUCCCCACUGAGGUGUGGACAGCUCUGCUUAACUAUGGCUAUGUUGGCUGCAUCCGGGAUCUAUUCAUUGAUGGACAAAGUAAAGAUGUGCGGCGCCUGGCUGAAAUUCAGAAGGCUGCCGGAGUCAAGCCUUCGUGCUCCAAGGAGCCUCCCAAACAGUGUUUGAGCAAUCCCUGCCAAAACAACGGCAACUGCAGAGAAGGCUGGAACCGAUAUGUAUGUGACUGCUCUGGAACCGGAUAUCUGGGCCGCUCCUGUGAAAGAGAGGCAACAGUCCUCAGCUACGACGGCAGCAAGUUUAUGAAGGUCCAGCUGCCAGUGGUGAUGCACACAGAAGCUGAAGAUGUGUCCAUGCGCUUCCGAUCUCAACGAGCAUAUGGCAUCCUAAUCGCCACCACGUCUCGGGACUCGGCCGACACCCUGCGUCUGGAGCUGGAGAGCGGUCGCGUCCGGCUGACUGUUAAUUUAGAUUGUAUCAGGAUAAACUGUACCUCCAGCAAAGGUCCAGAGACUAUUUUUGCGGGUCAGAAUCUGAAUGAUAAUGAGUGGCACACAGUACGCGUGUUCAGGAGGGGAAAGAGUUUGACACUGACUGUAGAUGAUCUGACACCAGUGGAAGGUCAAAUGGCCGGUGACCACACCCAACUGGAGUUCCACAACAUCGAGACCGGCAUCGUGACGGAGAAGCGCUUCAUGUCCAUGGUGCCGUCCAAUUUCAUUGGUCAUCUCCAAAGUCUCUCCUUCAACGGCAUGGCCUACAUAGACCUGUGCAAAAACGGCGACAUUGACUACUGUGAACUCAACGCCAUGAUUGGCUUCAAGACCAUCAUUGCUGAUCCUGUCACCUUCAAGUCGCGCUCCAGCUACGUCACCCUCACUGCUCUCCAGGCUUACUACUCCAUGCAUCUUUUCUUUCAGUUUAAGACCACCUCCUCCGAUGGCCUCAUCCUCUAUAACAGUGGGGAUGGCAAUGACUUCAUUGUGGUGGAGCUGGUCAAAGGAUACCUGCAUUAUGUGUCAGACCUGGGAAAUGGAGCCCAUUUGAUUAAAGGAAACUCCAACAAGCCUCUCAAUGACAACAACUGGCACAGCGUCAUCAUCUCCAGGGAUGCUAACAACCUCCACACUGUCAAAAUUGAUACCAAGAUUACCACGCAGACCACCACAGGGGCCAAAAACCUGGACUUAAAGGGUAAUCUUUAUAUUGGUGGAGUGACCAAGGAGAUGUACAAGGAACUUCCCAAACUGGUACACGCUAAAGAGGGCUUUCAAGGUUGUUUGGCAUCAGUGGAUCUGAAUGGGCGCCUCCCUGACUUGAUGUCAGAUGCGUUGGACUGUGUGGGACAAAUCGAAAGGGGAUGUGAAGUUGCAUUGAUGAAAGCUGAUUUGCAAGGCCCAAGCACCACAUGCCAGGAAGACUCCUGUGCCAACCAGGGUGUUUGUCUUCAACAGUGGGAGGGCUUCAGCUGUGAUUGCAGUAUGACGACGUUCGGUGGCCCGUUGUGUAAUGACGCUGGAACAACGUACAUAUUUGGGCGAGAUGGUGGUAUCAUCACAUACACGUGGCCACCAAACGACCGGCCCAGCACAAGGGCAGACCGGCUAGCCAUCGGCUUCAGCACUCACCUGAAGGACGCCGUCCUUGUGAGAGUGGAUAGCUCUUCCGGUCUUGGAGACUUCUUGAAAUUGCACAUCGAAAGAGGAAACAUUGCUGUUGUGUUUAAUGUUGGAACAGACGACAUUAACAUAGAGGAAACGUCCAAGUUUGUAAACGAUGGAAAGUACCAUAUAGUGAAGUUUACAAGGAGUGGGGGUAAUGCCACUCUCCAGUUGGACGAUCUGCCCAUCAUUGAGCGCUACCCCCAAGGCAACAAUGAUAACGAACGCCUGGCGAUUGCUAGACAGCGAAUCCCAUUCCGACUUGGUCGAGUAGUUGACGAAUGGCUACUCGACAAAGGACGGCAACUUACUAUCUUCAACAGCCAAACUACUAUACAAAUUGGUGGCUGGGAGCGAGACCGGACUCGAUCCUUUCAGGGACAGCUUUCAGGCCUCUACUAUAAUGGCCUGAAAGUGUUCAACAUGGCCGCAGAGGGGGACCCCAACAUUAAAAUCCAGGGCAGCGUGCGGCUUGUAGGGGAGUCGCCUUCCUCUAUAACCCCACAGUCAAGCACGACAGCCAAUCGGUCUGAAACUUCUACGACCAUUAUGGAACUCACCACCACCACCGCAUCUAAUCGACGAGCCAAACAGACAACACCACGAGAGCCUCAACAGACAACUGAUGACAUGCUCGUGGCAUCAGCAGAGUGUCCAAGCGAUGACGAGGACAUCGAUCCCUGUGAGCCAAGCUCAGGUGGGUUAGCCAAUCCUACAGGAACUGGACCGAAGAGUUUCCCAGACUCCUCCGAAGUCUUUCGCGAGUCCAGCAGUACAACAGGGAUGGUGGUGGGCAUCGUAGCAGCUGCGGCUCUCUGCAUUCUCAUCCUGCUGUACGCCAUGUACAAGUACCGCAACCGAGAUGAAGGGUCCUACCACGUGGACGAGAGUCGCAACUACAUCAGCAACUCAGCUCAGUCAAACGGUUCUAUUGUAAAAGAGAAAGCGGUCAACACUGCUAAGACUUGCAACAAGAACAAGAAGAACAAGGAUAAGGAGUACUACGUGUGACUGUCAAAGUGCUGGUCUAGUCAGACCAACUGAAACAUUGUCGUAAAAUAUCAAAUGAAGACAUUAUUGUGUACAGUGUGAAAACAAACUUGAACCUUAUUUAGUCUUUGUUUUUCAAGAAGACAGUGUUCCGCCAGGUAAUAAGAAGAUAUAAUGGGGAAAAAGCGUUCUUCAGACAUCUGGAAAAAGAUUGUGGGUGGACAAAUGUCUCUGGCAUCCGUGUGGAAGUUCACUGGAAAAAGGAAAAAAAAAACAAAUAACAUAAUCCAUCUGUGACUUGUUUCCAAGAGCAGGAUAAUCCGACUCCUUUGUUUGUGGACACUCGAGGAGCACAGAUGCACUUUGCAAACGGGGGUUACGAACAUCAUGGUUUCAUUAUAAAUUGCCUGUGUUUGUGGUGUUUUGUUUCCAGAGAACAGUCUUGCUGACAUUUGAGUUGAAGAAAUAAGAGGCAGGAAAGUGACAGCAAAUCCACAGGGGGGAGGGGGGAAUCUUGACAGACGUCCGCAGACUCGCCAAAGUGUCUCAGUUGAGCAUAACGGACUAUGCGCUGAAUUGACUGAACUGCGGUGUCAUUGACAAGACUUUUGUUUCCAGAAGAACAAAAUGUCCAUUGUGCCAGUAAGAAAUCUGGAGGCCUUUGUUUCUGCAUCACGUGAAGUCGAAGGCGACACGUUUCUCCGAAGUCUCCGACGAGACCGUGUGAGAGCCAUGCACGCCCAAUGAUCCUAUUCCACUACAUACAGUAUGUUUCUAUACAGUACAACCACAUCUAAAUGUGCUUUUGAACUGUGAUAAUGUGGUGUUUUAUAGCCUGUUGUAUAGAUGAUGCAAACUAACUACUCCAGAAGCAUUUUUUGGAAUAAAAUUUAAAAGGUAAAAAAAAAAAAUAAUAAUAAAUAAAUAAAUAAAAGAAGUCGUAAAUGUUAAGUGUUGCUAGAAAUACAUUUUAUGAAGAAAUCUGCAUCAUUUAUUUUCAACUCCCUUCCUGUUUUUACAUGUUCCUUUAUAGUUUUUAUACAAAUCCUAACCAGGCUAAGAGUAGCCCACCUUCAACUACACAAUGGAAUUGAAAGCAGGAGACGAAUGAGCAUGACGUGCGACUUCCUCCAGCAAAAUGAUCCGACUGACUCUAGUGUGCUGCUGCUGCUGCAAAAAAAAAAAAAAAAUUCAUGAUGGAGUGAUGGUGAAGAAAAAUGAAUUUGUUUUGUGUUUUUCCAAGUGGCAUAAUGAAAUAGUCCAGCGUGUGCUUGAUGCUGAUGUAAAGAUCUAAAGAUUUCACAAGUCCAUUUCAACAGCUCCGUGUUUGUUCUGUCAUUCUGUCUGUCGGUUCUGCUUUCCAGAGACCUGUACAUGGAAUGAGUAUGAGGAAAAUGACCAUGAACUAUAAAUGAUGAUUAUAACUUACCGUUGUCUCUUAUUUUAUUUCUUCUUGAAUCUUUGCUUUUUAAUCAUGCUUUUGUUUAAUUUUCAGAGGGCUUCUUGUCAAAACAAAGGAGUUUGAGAGAAAAUACAGUAUUUUAAUGGUACAAUUCAAUCACUGGCUGCAAUAAUGAGUUCCAAUAUCCGACCUGUAUAAAAAAUUCUGCCUUGACAAAGAUUAGA